AUGGCGGAAGCUAGCAAUGCGAGUGGCUCGGUCGUCAACUCUAACGAGAAGGUGAACAAUUGGCUAGACGGACAGGCCGCUGGAAGAUCAGAUGGAGGUCGAUCAGUGCGAGCAAAUGAUCUUUGCGCGAAUCAGAUUUCCGGAGACCCAGCGGAGCAACCUACUUCCCCGCUUCCAUUCGUACCGCAGAAUUCCGAGCAGCAGAAUUUCCCGGUUCAUCCACUGCCACCGGUGGCGGUGCAGAAUACCAACGGUUCCCGUUUACACGAAUUUCCACCGCGAUUUCCAAGCGGUACAGUACCAGUAAUCGGAUCACAUUCUUCAAGGCCAGCUCAAGUACCACAACCUGCACCGACUGCCCCCAUUUUCUCUGGUGCAACCCUGUCGCAAGCGCAAAUUGCUGCGAGACAGGUUUUGGGCAAAGAUUUACCUGUUUUCAGCGGGAGCCUCGAAGAGUGGCCCAUCUUCAUUAGUAACUUCGAGCAGUCUACGGCCACCUGCGGUUACUCAGAUGCGGAAAACUUGGUACGCCUACAACGGUCGCUAAAGGGAAAUGCCCUCGAAUCGGUGAGAAGCCGAUUGCUCUUACCAGCAAGUGUACCGCACGUCGUCCAGACCCUGCGUACUCUCUUCGGAAGACCGGAACUCCUGAUCCGGUCCUUGCUGAGUAAAAUUCAUCAAAUCCCACAGCCGAGGUUCGACCGGCUGGAAACGGUUAUGCAAUUUGGUCUAGCAGUGCAGAAUCUAGUCGACCACCUGAAAGCGGCGCAGCAGUGUAACCAUUUGGCGAAUCCGGUUCUCUUACAAGAGCUGGUGGAGAAACUUCCGGGUUCAAUGCGGUUGGACUGGGCAGUAUUCAAGAACCGGCAUCAUCCGGUGACACUCGAUACGUUCGGCGAGUUCAUGUCCGGGUUGGUCACGGCGGCCAGUGAGGUUUCCUUCAACAUUCCGGGACCGACCACCACAAAAUUCUUCACGCAGACCGAAAUCAGGAGCAACAAGCAGAAAGGUGGAAAUACGGGUGUCGUUCAAACUCACUCCGCAGACGAAAAUCCUCCCGUUCCCACAACUCCCACACCGAGCAGCACCCCUACAAGCACCAAACCAGGCAAGCAAUGCCUGUCGUGUGGUCGAGUAGGACACCGAGUAGCCGAAUGUCAGCAAUUCAACGGUGCCAGCGUCGAUGAGCGAUGGAAGUUAGUGCAGCAGAAAAGUCUUUGCCGGACGUGCCUCAACAGUCACGGCAAAUGGCCGUGCCGGUCCUGGAACGGUUGCGGUGUCAGCGGAUGUCGUCAGAAACAUCACACUCUUCUGCACUCUGCUACGAUUUCCGAGCGAACGAAUAUUUCUUCCAGCCAUGUAACUUCCGGGGACUUGCAGUGGCCACUUUUCCGUGUCCUUCCGGUCAUCCUACAUGGUAUCAAUGAAUCCAAAACUAUCUACGCCUUCAUCGAUGAAGGGUCAUCCUACACCCUGCUUGAUGAAUCCAUUGCGAAAUCGGUUGGUGUUAGUGGCAAACCGGAAGCGCUGACCCUUAAGUGGACCGGAAAUGUGACACGGGUUGAGCCGAAUUCCCAAUGCGUACGGCUCGAUGUUUCCGGCAAAUGUAGCAAUUCCCGCUACACUCUGUCCAAUGCGCGUACGGUUAGUCGUCUUGUAUUGCCCAUGCAAAGUUUGAAUUACCGGGAUCUUGCAAAUUGUUUCCCUCAUUUGCGCGGUCUCCCACUCGAAGACUACGAGUCAAUCGAACCCAAGCUGCUCAUAGGUUUAGAUAAUCUUCGUUUGUGCGUUCCUCUGAAGCUACGAGAAGGGCCGCCAUCACAUCCUAUCGGUGCGAAAUGUCGGUUGGGUUGGAGCAUCUAUGGGUAUAUUCCAAAACACUCGAAUCAGUCCGCAAUCGUCGGUUUCCAUAUCGGGACAGUUUCCGAUCCUGAUCGUGAACUAAAUGAACAGCUUCGUGACUACUUCACCCUCGAAGAUGCCGGAGUCGUCGAACCACGCCAUGGGUCACCCGACGAGAAACGUGCAAUCGAGCUGCUACAGGAAACUACUCGACGAACACCUACCGGUACGAACUUCGAAACCGGUCUUCUAUGGAAAAUGGACAACCCCAACUUCCCCGACAGCUAUCCGAUGGCGGUUCGACGUUUAGAGUCGCUAGAGCGUCGUCUUCAACGAGAGCCAGAAUUGCAACGUCGUGUACAUGAGCAGAUUAGAGACUACGAACGGAAGGGUUAUGCACACCGUGCGAGCUUGGCUGAAUUGACCUCUGUAGAAGCCGGCCGCGUAUGGUACCUUCCCCUUGGUGUGGUUACUAGCCCGAAAAAGCCCGGGAAAGUUCGGCUAAUCUGGGAUGCGGCGGCCAAGGUGGGUGACGUGUCAUUUAACUCGAAAAUCCUUAAGGGGCCAGAUCUUCUCACUCCACUUCCGAUGGUUCUAUACCAAUUCCGCCAAUAUCCGGUGGCGGUGACUGGCGACGUAAUGGAAAUGUUCCAUCAGUUAAAAAUACGUUCGCCUGAUUGCCAAUCGCAGCGCUUCGUGUUCCGUGAUCGUCCAACAGACCUUCCUCGAAUUUACGUCAUGGACGUCGCCACCUUCGGGUCGUCCUGUUCCCCAGCGUCGGCGCAGCACAUCAAAAACCUCAAUGCGGAUGAGUUUGCCAGCGAAUAUCCGAGAGCUGCAGCAGCCAUCAAGAACAAACAUUACGUUGAUGACUACUUGGACAGCUUUCAGACGAACGAGGAGGCGAUUCAAGUGGUGAACGAAGUCAAGCUGGUACACUCCAAAGGGGGCUUCACUCUCCGGCGAUUCCUAUCAAAUGAGCCCGAAGUCCUGCAUGGAAUUGGCGAGAAAGCAGAGGGAGGAUCGAAAAACCUACAGCUGGAGCGCGGUUGUAAGUCUGAGUCAGUGUUAGGAAUGAAAUGGAUCCCGGAUGAGGACGUAUUUACCUAUGCCUUCGGUAUGCGGGACGAUCUGCUGCUCAUUUUGAAGAACGAUUACAUUCCCACCAAACGAGAAGUUGCCAGAGUGGUCAUGAGUCUGUUCGACCCACUCGGUCUCAUCGCCUUCUUCCUGGUGCACGGCAAAGUGUUGAUCCAGGAGCUCUGGGCGUCGGGCGUAGAAUGGGACCAAGAAAUACCGCACGAUAUCAACGAACACUGGCGACUUUGGGCAGAUUCUCUUCAGCAACUGGACCAACUUCGCAUUCCAAGAUGCUAUUUCCGCUCCUCAAAUGACCUCACUCGUCUACAAAUUCACCUGUUCGUGGAUGCCAGCGAGACCGCCUACGCUGCUGUAGUUUUCUUCCGCUUGGAAACCGAUCGUGGUAUCGAGGUGGCACUUGUCGGGGCGAAAACCAAGGUGGCGCCGCUGAAGACGCUCUCGAUCCCUCGACUUGAACUGAAGGCAGCGGUUCUGGGCAUCCGCCUGAUGGAGACCGUCCAGAAGUAUCACUCGUACACAGUCAAUCAGCGCUACUGUUGGAGCGAUGCAAGCACUGUACUCGCGUGGGUACGUUCAACCGAUCAUCGCCGCUACCACAAGUUUGUUGCCGUUCGGAUCGGCGAGAUCUUGUCAUCAACACAGCAGUCGGAGUGGAGGUGGGUACCGUCUGCACUGAACGUGGCCGAUCAGGCAACCAAAUGGAACAACAACCCGCAAGUAACCUCAAGCGACCCCUGGCUCCGGGGACCGGACUUCCUCUACGAGUCUGAAGAUCGGUGGCCUAAGCAGCGCACUGUCACACCGACUGAGGAAGAGCUUCGUCCUAUUCAUCUUCACGCCGCCCACUUUGCUCCCAACAUGGUAUUCGCAAGAUUUGAUCAGUGGACCAAAAUGCACCGUGUGGCUGCGUAUGUUCUUCGCGGCAUCGAUAAUUUCCGCCGGCGUAGAACCAACGACAAGGUGGAACUGGGCCACCUCACUAGCGAUGAACUCCGACGGGCAGAAGAAGCGUUGCUGAAGACCGCUCAAAGUGAGUGCUUCGCCGACGAAAUCAACAUCCUCGUCAAAACUCAAGGGCCGCCCGAGAAUCGACAUGCUACCGUGAACAAAUCUAGCACCAUCUACACAAAAUGUCCGUUCCUGGAUGAGAAGGGUAUCCUGCGCAGUCGUGGCCGAAUCGGUGCCGCUCCGUAUGCACCGACCGAAGCUAAGUUUCCCAUAAUCCUUCCCAACCAACAUCUAAUUACAUUCCUCCUUGUAGACUGGUACCAUCGCCGUUUCCGUCAUGCCAACCGCGAGACCAUCUUCAACGAGAUUCGCCAGCGCUUCGAAAUCUCAUCAUUACGACGACUGCUGGAGAAAGUAGAGCGCGCCUGUGCCUUCUGCCGCCUAACGAAAGCGAUCCCCAGACCACCAGUCAUGGCUCCGCUACCUGAGAUGCGCCUGACAGCUUUCAUUCAACCCUUUACCUUCACCGGGUUGGACUACUUCGGGCCAGUACUCGUGAAGGUGGGCAGAGGCAACGUGAAACGGUGGGUUGCCCUCUUCACCUGCCUUACUAUCAGAGCGGUGCACAUGGAGCUAGUGCACUCACUGAGCACCGAAUCUUGCAUCAUGGCAGUUCAACGUUUCGUGGCACGCAGAGGCAUGCCAAGAGAGUUCUGGACAGACAACGCCACCUGUUUCCAAGGUACCAGUAACGAGUUGAAGACUCAAAGGGACGCCUCAAACAAAGCACUCUCGGAAAAGUUCACGUCGGCAGACACCGCCUGGAAAUUCAUCCCACCAGCGGCGCCGCACAUGGGGGGCGCGUGGGAGAGGCUCGUGCGAUCGGUGAAAGUGGCGAUUGGAGCAAUCCUGCACUGUCCACGCAAACCGGAUGAUGAAACCUUAGAGACCGUCCUUCUGGAAGCGGAGGGAAUGAUCAACUCUAGACCGCUUACCGUUGUCCCUCUCGAGUCCGCGGAUCGGGAGGCUCUAACCCCCAACCACUUCUUGCUGGGUAGCUCCUCUGGGUCGAAGUUCCUACCGACCGAACAGCUGGACGUACGCUCUACCCUUCGAAGUAGCUGGAAGCUAGCCAGGUACAUAGUCGACGAUUUCUGGAACCGAUGGCUCAAGGAGUAUCUACCCGUAAUUACGCGGAGAUGCAAAUGGUUUCAGGACGUGAAGGAUCUGGCGGAAGGCGACUUGGUUCUCGUGGUUGACGGAACGGCGAGGAACCAGUGGAUACGAGGACGAAUCGAACAAGUGUUUCCUGGACGCGACGGCAGAGUACGGCAGGCGCUGGUUCGGACAUCCUCAGGGAUCCUGCGUAGACCAGCAGUAAAGAUCGCUGUAUUAGACGUCGAGGAGAAAGGUAAACCUGGUUCCGGUGUAUCUGGAGAAUCGGACUCUCACCAAGGUUUACGGGCGGGAGUAUGUCACGACGGGACCCUUCGGUGCGGUAACGCUCCUAACGGCAGCAUACCGUCGGCUGUCAGCGAAGAGUGA